AUUAUGAUUGGAUUGUGUGUGUGUGCAUUGGCGUGUGUGUGUGUGUGUGCAUUGGCGUGUGUGUGUGUGUGUAUUGACGUGUGUUGUGUGUGUAUGUAUGUGUAUUGUUUGUGUGUGUGUGUAUGUGUGUGUGUUGUUAUAUAUAUAUAUAUAUAUAUAUAUAUAUAUAUAUAUAUAUAUAUGUGUGUGUGUGUGUGUUGUAUGUAUAUCUGUGUAUGUGAGUGUAUAUGUGCGUGUGUAUGCUUGUGCGUGCGUGUGUGUAUGUAA